UAAAUUAAAUUUUUUGCAUUUGUUAUUUUCAUUUUGACUUUAAAACAUCUUUUAAACAGCAAAGAGAAUGGAUUUCUUAAAAAUUGUAUUCCUUCUUGUUCUAACUUUGAGUUGUGUUUAUUCUUCACUAAUUCCUAAGGAAUGCAUUGGAGAGGAACCUACUGCCAUUGGAGUUUGUCGAAAACUAAUGUUUGGAUAUUAUUUCAAUAAUGACACUAAAGAAUGUCAAAAAUAUGAAACUGGUGGAUGUAAUCUGAAGAACGAAGCAAAUAGUUUUCUGACAAUUGAAGAAUGCAUCGCAAAAUGCAAGAGGUCAAUUUAAAGACCGUUUACUAUUAAAAAUUUAUUUCCAUUCAGAAUAUACGAGUAUAUUAAAAAAAAUGAUUUUUUUUACUUAGUC